AUGGUGGUGGGCGCCUUUCCCAUAGCUAAGCUCCUGUAUCUGGGGGUCCGGCAGAUCAGCAAGCCGCUGGCCAACCGGAUUAAGGCGGGGGCCCGCCGGAGCGACUUCUUCCGGACCUACGUCUGCCUUCCGCCUGCCCAGUUCUAUCACUGGGUGGAGAUGCGAGCGAAGAUGAGGAUUAUGGGAUUCCGUGGCGCGCGGCCAUUAAGCCCCUGAAUGAAGAAGCGGCAGCGGAUCUGGGGGGGCAGGAGCUUCUGGGAGAAGCCAUCGUCUUCCUGGUGGGAGGCGGGGGCAGUCUGGUAUUGAGUAUUCCCGGCAGGCGACCAAUAGCCAGGUCGGAAGGAGGAGGAGCUGGAGGCCAGACUGGGCGCCAUGGAGCGGAGAUCGCCCGCCUGGGCCUGCACAGCGAGGAGCUGGACGCCACGAGCGCGAUCCGCAGAGAGACAACAAAUGGCAGCCAAGUGA